UCCACCCUGAAGACUCCCUCUUCUUGGUUGGUUUUUUCUCCUACACAACCAACCGACCAAGAACCAUGCACAUCUUUUUCUUUGCAUAACUUCUCUCCCCCCCACCCACCUUUCGAACUUGACAUGCAUGCAUGUGUGUUUUAAUUCUUCUUCACUUCUAAAUGGGCUUAUAAAGUCAUAUAUGGUUAAUAUUAAUAUUUGUUCUCAAGGUAAAGCCAGGAUUUAGUUGAUUCCAUUGAAGAUUGAAUGCACCACCACCAGCACCUUUUAAUUAGUGGAAGGUUAAUUAAUUUCUGGUGUAAAUAUAUCAACGAGCUUUAUCUACAUAAAUUAAUGCCGACCAAGGUGAAAGGCCUCCUUAAAUACAUAUCCCAAAUAUUCGAAGAGAAAGAAGAAGAAUUUCAAAUUGGGUUGCCAACUGAUGUAAGGCAUGUGGCACAUAUUGGAUCAGAUGAUCCAUCUGCAAAUGCACCAAGCUGGAUGAACGAUAUCAAACGAGGAAAAGAACCCCCAUCAGGAAACCCUACUCAGACAGUUGAAGAAUGUGAGAAAAAGUCAUCAUCAAAUUCCAAACGUUCCAAAAUCCGCAACCACCUGAUUCCCAAGUCCCGACACACUUCAAUCGACAUUGAUCCUGAUGCGCCCAAACAAAAGCCCAUACGCCGCCACAAUCGCUCCUCGGACCCCUCUGCGGACUCCUCCAACCAUGAGUCCUCUAGUGGUGGCUACCGCCGUCGUGGAUCCAACCAUGGUGUAGAGUCUUCGUCAUCACAGGAUAUGCCACCGACUGGUGUCAAAACAAACCGAAGAAAAUCAAAGGCCUCUGAAAACAGUUCGGUGAAGAAGCCUUCGUCUCGAAGAUCAUCCAAAGUAGAUUCUCUAACUGAUAUUUCUAUUUCAGAUUUUGGGUCUGGUUCUGGACCCGAAAGUGGGCUUACAGCCAUUAGGAUUUAAAUUGAAGUGAAUGUCUAUUAGAGAGUAAUAUAAAAAAAUGUUAAUAAUGAUAAAAAAAAUUCAUAACAAGGUUUCAAGAUUUUAGGGUGUGUUUGAUUUAGAGGAUGAAAAUAGAAGAGAAAUUUUUAAAUUAAAGUAGAAUGCAAAAGGUGAAAGUCCCACAUGAAAAGUACAAAAUUUCUCUCCUAUUUCUCUCCUCCCAUCCUAAAUCAAACAAAACCUUAGGGAGGGAGAGGAGAGGAAAAAACAAAUGUUAUUUUGCAUGUUGUAAAUUAUUACUGGUUAUGAUGCAAUUAUUUUAAUUGGAGGUGUGACUUCAAUUCUUAAUUU